GCGUGUGUGUGCGGCAACUAACACACACUACAUUCGCUCACAACAUGGCGAUGAAGCCAAGAGGGACGCGACGUCUCUCCCCCAACUAGCUGAUACCAUUCUGUUGUGUGUAAAAGACGGGGGACCAAUCAAAAGGAAUGUUCAUGAAAUAAUAGCCAACUGAAAACAUACAGGACUUUACACGGGAUUCUGAUAUAGGCUAUGUAUGUAGCUAGCGAUAUAGCCAGCUAUAAAUACCCACACAGUGCUGACCCCUCUGCUGGAAAUCAAAGGCUUUACAUGGCGGUGGAGAAUAUCUGUUUUUUCUGUCUACUUUCUCUGGGGUUCUGUGUUUUGUCCGUUCAAGAAAAGCCAGCGUCGGUGGAGUUGAGCUGCAGGGCGGGGCCUGUCAGCGUGGUGCUGGAGCCCGGACACCCCCUCCUGCUGGACUGCCACCUGGGGGCCGGCGAGAGCCCGCUCAACGUCACCUGGCUGCGGGACGGGGAGCCGGUGCAGGACGGCGAGGAGGCGCGGGCCCUCCCCAACGGCUCCCUGGCGGUGCUGGUCCAGGAAGGGAGGCUGCCGCUCGGGGUGGAGGGGGGCUACAGCUGCGUUUCGGCCGGCCCGUCCGGAGCGCUCGUCAGCCGCACCCUCGCCGUGCACCUCACCAGCCUGUCCCGUUUCCUCCAUCACCCGGAGGCCCAGGCGGUGCCCGCGGGGGGCACGGCGCGCUUCGAGUGCCGCGUGGAUGGCCUGCCCGCUCCGAGCAUCACCUGGGAGAAGGACCAGGUGCCCCUGCCCGCCCACUCCAGGUUCAUCUCGCUCCCCAACGGCGCGCUGCAGAUCCUCGGGGCGCGGAGCGAGGACGCGGGGGCCUACCGCUGCGUGGCCUCCAACUCCGCCCGCAAGCGCUUCAGCCAGGACGCCGCGCUCGCGGUCACGGCAGGCCCGAGCCCCGCCCUGGAGGAGGUGGUGAUCGUGGUGCCCCCCCAGAACACCACGGUGGUGUCCGGACGUCCCGCGGUCUUGGAGUGCAUGGCGCAAGGGCUGCCUAAACCCCUGGUGUCUUGGAGCAGACAAGACGGGAGGCCUAUCGCCACGGAUGUGGUCGUCCUGGCGACGAACCUGCUGAUCCCGGACACGCAGCGUCACCACGCGGGCGUCUACGUCUGCCGCGCCAACAAGCCCAGGACCAGGGAGUUUGUCAUAGCCACUGCCGAACUGCGCGUGCUGGCCCCCCCGGUGAUCCUGCAGCCCCCGGAGACGGUCUCGCUGUCGCGGGGGAACACGGCGCGCUUCGUGUGCAACAGCUCCGGCGAGCCGCCGCCGGCCCUGCGCUGGCUGAAGAACGGCGGGCCGGUGCUCUCCAACGGGCGGGUGAAGACGCCGAGCCCCGGCGUGCUGCUCAUCAACCAGCUGGGCCUGGGCGACGCCGGCCACUACCAGUGCCUGGCCGCCAACGGCCUGGGCACGGCCUGCGCCAGCGCCCGGCUGUCCGUCAUCGUCCGCGAGGGCCUGCCCAGCGCGCCGCGCCGCCUCGCCGCCCGGCCCGACUCCAGCACCAGCGCCCUGCUGGCCUGGGAGCGGCCCGAGCUCAACAGCGACCGGAUCAUCGGCUUCUCCGUCCACUACCAGCGCGCCGCGGGGUCCAACAACAUGGAGUACCAGUUCGCGGUGAACAACGACACCACCGAGUUCCACGUGAAGGAGCUGCAGCCGCACACGGCCUACACCUUCUACGUGGUGGCGUACUCGCCCAUGGGCGCCAGCCGCCCCUCCCUGCCCGUCACCGUGGAGAUGCUGGAGGACGUCCCCAGCGCGUCUCCGCAGCUGUCCGUCUUCAGCACCUCCUCCACCGACAUGCGCCUGAUGUGGCCCCCCCUGUCCUCCCAGCACAGCCGUGGAGAUGUCACCCGCUACCGCAUCGACUACUGCGCCCUGGAGCAGGAGGACAACGUGACGUCCGUGGAGGUGGGGGGGGACGAGACCCAGUUCACCCUGCGGGGUCUGCAGCCCAACCAGCUGUACCGCCUGCGCAUCGCCGCCGGGACGCGGGCCGGCUUCGGGACGCCCUCCGAGUGGACCCUGCACCGCAGCCCCGCCCACAUCAACCACACCAUGGUGCUCUUCGCCCCCACCGAGCUGAAGGUGCGGGCCAAAAUGCACUCCCUCCACGUCACGUGGCAGGCGCCGCCCAACAACACGCAGGUCUCCGGGUACAAGCUGCACUGCCGGGAGGCGGAGCUCGAGGAGCCGGCCAACGAGGAGCGCCCCGAGGGCGAGCGGGAGAAAAGGCAGGGGGCCGAGCCAAUCAAACUCAGGAAGAAGAGCAAGCACCAUGAGGUCACCGGCCUGGUCUCAGACCGUCUGUACGAGGUGAGAGUGUGGGCCUACAACAAGCAGACGGACGGCUACGCAGCGGUGUGGAAGGGCCGAACGGAGAAAGCUCCCAUCACGGGAGUCCCUCCGCAGGGCUUCCUGCCCCCCAUGCCCCCCAGCAUCGUGCAGGCCUCGGCCAACAGCUCCACGUCCAUCUGGCUGCGCUGGGAGAAGCCGCGCUCCAGCAACGUCCGCAUCAUCAAGUACACGGUGCGCUGCAGCCCCGCCGGCCUGCGCAACGCCUCGCUGGUGUCCUACUACACCAGCUCUGCCCUGGAGAUCCUGCUGGGGGCUCUGAAACCCUUCACGCGGUACGAGCUGGCGGUGCAGUCCAACGGGCUGGAGGUGGACGGGCCCUUCAGCAACACGGUGGAGCAGUCCACCUUCUCCGACCGCCCCUCCACUCCCCCUGACGACCUCCAGGUCAGCGCCCUGGACUCCAGCACCGUGCUGAUCAGCUGGCGCCCCCCUGUGGAGUCCAACGGGAUCAUCGUGGAGUACAGGAUCCUGUACAGCGGCAACGGCAGCCUGCCGGACCACCAGUGGAGCUCUCUGUCCUGCCACGGAAGCAUCACCAGUACUGAGGUGCAGGGCUUGCAAAGCAGCACUUACUACUUCUUCAAGAUCGGGGCCUAUACCUACGUGGGGGCGGGGCCAUUUUCGGCUGUGAAGGAUGUUCACACGCCACCGGAGAGAUACGAUGAGAAGCUGAACGUUCACUCGAUGACGGGCAUCAUCGUGGGGGUGUGUCUGGGGCUGCUCUGCAUCCUCCUGUGCAUGUGCAUCAGCUUCCGCAGCGGCAAGGCCAGGGAUGUUUCCGGAGGGCUGGUCCCCUCCGCCCUGCCCCCCCAGUACCGGCGAGGGCGCCCCGCCCCCGUGGCAGCCCCGGAGUGCAGGGACUGCCACGAGCUGGAGACCCUGAUGUCGCCCGGGGCCCAGGACCCCGCCCCGCCCCUGGCCGAGAUCACCGAGGAGCACAGCCUCAUCGGGCCCGGCGGCCCCGGCGACGACGGCGGCCUGGCGCUGGAGGCCAAGCCUGCUUGGAACGGGUCGGUCAGCCGAAAUUGGGCCAACCGCAUCACCAGGUACCGGGACACCAUCACGGAGGAUUCCCCUGCCCUCAGCAACGGGGCCCUGACUCCCGGGGCCAGGCUGCCCACCGAGGGGCCCCUGGACGCCCCAGCCACUGAACCCAGCACGGCCGAGCCCGAGGAGAGGCUGUACCCCUCCCUGUGCAGUAACCAGGUGGAGGCCGACGUGAUCGUCCACUCGGAGCUCUCCGAUCCGGAGGGGGAGGGGGACACCGAGAGCGACGGCGACGAGGAGGGCCCCUUCGGGGGCGGGGCCCCACCCAAACCGCCGACCAAUCGCAGCGGGCCGCAGCAGGAGGGCGGGGCGGGGCCGGCGGGGACCGCGGACAGCAGGUGGACGCAGCAGCCCGCCUCCCCGGCGGGGGCGGGGCUGGCCAACGGCUUCCACGCCCACCAGCCGCUGGAGAACGGCGACUCCUUCCAGCCCGGGAGCGGGCGCCCGCGCUGCGGGAAGGGGCUCCCCCUGGAGCUCCCGCCGGCGGCGUCCCCCUUCGCCGGCUCCGCCCUGGUCCACCCCGCCUCGGCCGCGCACAGCUACCUGUGCCCCUGA